AUGUGGACACGCCUGGAGCUGAGUGGACACAUCGCAAAGGACUUGAAGCCUGGCCCACCCACGGGCCUCCCAGGGAUCACACCCAAAACUCUGCUGCAGGUGAGAUUCUUCUACUUCAGCCAGGAUGAUGCUACAGCCAGACUGACAGCCCAGUCCAGGGCAAUACGGUCUGGUAGUGACGACAGACUGUUGUGGCUCAGGGAAAACUCGCAGAGUUACAGCUGGCAGAGAGCAGAAGUCACGUUCUCCUCAUCAGCCAAAAGCAAGAUUGUCUUCAGAUAUGAGCAUGGGGACGGUCGCAGAGGGCUGGUUGCACUGGACGAUGUAUCUUUCAACAAAGAGUGUGUAUUUGACCCUGACAACAACGAGCUCCCCGACACAUCGCCCACCUCUAACCCACCCACUGCUCCAGCCACACCCUCAACCUCAACUGGACCAGUCUACCCCUGUCAGGAUAAUGAGUUUUUCUGUUGGCGGUCACCUGAAAAAGUGUGUAUUCUGGCCACCUUACAGUGUGAUUAUCAUCCACACUGCCCCCAGGGAGAGGACGAGGAUGGCUGUGGUCCCUGCACAUUCGGGGGCGACCAGUGCCAAUGGACUGACGCAAGUGAAGGACAGAGCAAGUGGCAGAGACAGAAAGCCAGUAACAACACCGAGCCUCCCACUGAUCAUACCACAGGCACAGGCUACUACAUGAGAGUGAAAUUCAGUCAGGGGUCCACACAGAGUGAGGCCCGGCUCCAGAGUCCCCCACUUCCCCCGUCAUCCCCCUACUGCCAGAUUCUGUUUCACUUCCACAUCAGUGCGGAGAGUGCUGGGUCACUCAGAGUGCUUAUGCAGCAAGCUGAGGGUAGUGAAGCAAUCCUGUGGUCACGUAGUCACAACACUCUCUCCCAUUGGACGGCAGAGUAUCUGCCUCUAGGCCAGCACCAGCAGUCUUAUAAGGUGUAUGCUCAUGCCUCCACAGUGGAACAUGUUUUGUUUAGUAGCAUGAAUAAAGCGACUCAGGGGGGCACAACCACUGGAGAUGGCGUUUUUGCUGUGGACGAUAUCUCUUUUCUAAACUGUGAAAAAUCCUACCAGCCACCAGCUCUGUCUGCCUAUGGCUGUUCUUUUGAAGAUGGUCUGUGUGUUUGGGUGCAGGGGGCUGAAGAUGACUUGGACUGGCUCAUCGGGUCGGGUCCCACUGAAACCCCCAACACCGGGCCUGCAGGAGACCACAAUACCGGCAAAGGGAACUAUCUUUACAUCGAGAGCUCCCCGCCGAGUGUGAGAGGGAAUGUGGCCCGGCUGAAGUCGCCACUGCUGCCACCUGCUGGAGGAAAAGGAUACUGUCUCACAUUUUGGUACCACAUGUUUGGAGCUACCGUGGGCUCUUUGCGGAUGCUCCUACAAACAGCUGAUCCUUUGAAGAAAACACUGGUGUGGCAAAAAUCAAGAAAUCAAGGGGAUGAGUGGCUGCUGGUGCAGAGCCACGUGAUGCUGCAGAAAGUCCACCAAGUGACUUUGGAGGCUACGGUUGGAGGAGAGGCAGGAGACAUAGCCAUCGAUGACAUCUCCCUUAUCAGUGGACCGUGUCCUGCCUCCGAUUUGUGUGACUUUGAGGAGGGGAGUUGUAACUGGCAGCAGCAGACCACAGAUGACUUGGACUGGGUCAGACAGUCGGGCUCAACUCCAAACCCCAACACAGGACCAGACAGCGACCACACCACCAACACACCCACGGGCCAUUACUACUACCUGCCUUCCUCUGCUGCUGACCGCGCCGGCCAGACAGCUACAGUGUCUUCGCCACUGUACCCUGCAGGCAAAGGAGCUUGUGUGCAGCUCUGGUACCACAUGUAUGGCAAAGGCGUGGGGACGCUGAAUGUUUACCAGCAGAGUGAAGAAGGGAAGGAAGCUCUGAUUUUUUCCCAGACAGGAGACCAGGGCCGGAUGUGGAGGUUCGCACAGGCUUCCCUUCUGCCGCGGGUUCGGCCCUACAAGAUUGUGGUGGAAGGCAUGAAGGCAGGCCCCACCCAGGAGGGAGACAUGGCUUUUGAUGAUGUGCAGCUGACGGACGCUCAGUGUCCUCCUCCUGGAUUUUGUGACUUUGAGAGCAACAUGUGUAGCUGGAGCAACCUGGGUGGAGGAGUCGACCAGGGGGACUGGCUCCGCGGCAGAGGAGCCUCUCCGAACCCCAACACCGGACCGAGUGUUGAUCACACCACCAACUCAACACAAGGUUGCUAUCUGUAUGUGGACACCUUGGUGGGUGACAGGGGAGACACGUCCCUCCUGAUCAGUGAUGUGUUCCAGCCGGCCACUGGAGGGCACUGCCUCACGUUCUGGUACCACAUGUACGGCAGCCAUGUUGGGACUCUCAGAGUUUACAUAAAUGACAGAAAAAUGCAAACUGGUGGCAACGAAGAAGGGGCUCUGAAGUGGUCUGAGAAGGGAAACAAGGGAGACAAGUGGCAGAUGGCUAGUCUGCCUAUUAAACAUGAAGAAGCAUUCUGGUUUGUGUUUGUAUAUCAGAGGGGGGAGAAAACAGGUGGGGAUGUUGCUCUUGAUGACAUUACCAUUUCCCCUGGCGGCUGCUGCUCAGAUCCCCCCAUCCACCCUCCUGAUGUUAACAAUGAUAUGUUGUCCAUUGGCCUCGCGGUGGGUUUGACUCUGCUGGCUGGUGUCAUCAUCUCCGUCUUCCUCUUUGUGCUGAACAGGAAACGUAGUACAAUGAACCAGCCGACAAUUAUGAAUGACAAUGCGACUGACCAGAACUUUGUUUUUGACCUCUUUGACUGCAAAAUAGAUGGCACACAACAUGGAACUGAAUCUGGCUUUUCCUUCUUCAACAAGAUGUAUAAUUCGUCGCCUCAAGAAACUGAGGCCAGCAUGGCUACAUCUAAUGCUUAGCCCAGAUUAAUAAUUACAGUAAAUCAAAUGAACCAUAACAACCCGUGUAUUUGAAGAUACAUGUAUUUUAAUUCCACUAAAACUUUUAUUUAAUUCA